AUGACUAGUUACGAAAAUGGUUUGGAAGCUGAACAAGAAGAUACAAAAUCAUUAUCUUCUGAACAUGAAGUAGACCCUGCUAGGGGAACACGUUUGGAAGAGACAAAUGAUGAAGACGUACCAGAAGACAAUGUUGAAUGUGGCAUUAUUGAAGAAUGGACCGAACCUGAUAUUGCACAAUGGAGGAGCUUGCUUCAAUUUUUGGAUAUUGACAAAGAACCAGAACAUAUUCAGUUUUCGGACUUCGAAAGGAAGGAGUUUGUAAGUAUUGAACAAGCAGAAUCUUUUUAUUUUUUGUAUGCGAAAAUGAUGGGGUUUAGUGUUAGAAAAAAACUGAAGAGGGAGGACAAAAAAGGAAUUUUACACAUUAGAAGUUGGGUGUGUUCAAACGAAGGUUUUAGAGAACAAAAAUAUUGUAAUCUUGAUAAUAGGUGUAAAGAAGCUCGUGCUCUAACAAGAACAGGUUGUAAUGCAGAGUUUAGAAUAAAUUUAAAUAGGGAAACUAACCACUGGAUUACAAAGUGUUUUAAUAACCACCACAACCAUAAGUUUGCCUUCUUUCGUGAAAAACCAUUUCUUAGAUCUCAUAGAAUAUUUAGGGACGAGAUGAGGGAACAAGUUAUGUCAAUGAAGAGAGCCGGAAUUAAGACAUCCAAAAUUUGGAAUUACAUGGUAGAAGUUCAUGAUGGUUGGGAAAAUGUGGGAUGUAUCAAAGAUGACUUGUACAAGGGAAUCUGUAAAAAAUAUUCAACUUGGGAUGAUUGUGACACGUCCACAGCAAUGGGUUAUCUCGAAGCAAAAAAGGGCCGGACAACAUGUUUUUCUACAAGUAUGAUGUACGGAAAGCCAUUAGUAAUACUACUUGGGUCUAAUAAUCAUAACAAAACGUGUGUGUUUGGAGCUGCACUUCUUGAUAAUGAAACUUCGACCACAUAUGAUUGGGUAUUGGAAACAUUUUUAGAGUGCAUGGGUGGUAAGAUGCCGUCAGCAGUUUUGACGGACGGUUGCAAAGCAAUGAACAAAGCACUGGAUAAUAUUAUGCCUGGUGUUCCACAUCGUAUUUGCUCGUGGCACAUACUAAAAAAUGCAAUGCACCAUGUACACAAUAUAGCAUUCCAUCAAGAAUUGAAGAAAUUUAUUUUCAGGUAUUACAAGGAGGAAGAAUGGGAGGAUAAUUGGAAAGUGACUGUGAAUAAAUAUAGAUUGACAAGAAAUGCAUGGGUGGAAGCACAAUAUGGCACAAGAAAGCAGUGGGCAGAUACUUUUCUUCGUGGUAUUUAUUUUGGUGGAGCUACUGCUACCGGUAGAUGCGAAUCUAUGAAUGCAUUCUUGAAAAGAGAUUUGCAAAAUAAAAUACCAUUGUGGAUGUUUAUACGACACUUUGACCAUGCUUUAUCUAUGUUACGUUACAACGAGAUGAAAGAUGUAAAGAACGCCCUAGACUAA